CGGCCGGUGAGGGCGCUGGGUCGCCGCCGACUGAGCCAACAGAGCAUCACCAAAGCACAGAAGAAGCUCGCGAACGGUAUUUCCAUACGUCAAGGCCAGUGUUGUGUUUCCCGUGGCUUGCUUUUGCGUCUGGCAGAGCUUUGUCACACAACAAGAGGAAGCCAUGGUGUGCAUUCCUUGUAUUGUCAUUCCAGUUCUCCUCUGGGUCUACAAGAAAUUCCUUGAACCGUAUAUUUAUCCUGUUAUCGCACCUUUCAUUAAGCGUGUAUGGCCCAAGAAAGCCGUGCAAGAAACAACAGCCACAAAACAAGGUCAAGGAGGCAGCGCGGGAAAUCCACGGGCACCUUCAGCCACAAAAAGAGAUCAGGAGGAUGAAUCUGGAAUUUAUAAAUUUGAAAGCAAUGGCAUUGCAAAUGGAAUUGCCGCAAAGAGAUCCACAGAAGUUUCUGACAAGAAAACGGAUUAAAGGAAUUCAUUCAUAAGGAUUUUAUUCCCUUGUGUCCAAUAUGAACUGGUGAUAUUUCUCUCAUUUUGAGACUUUUUUUCUUUGCACAUUUUAGCUGAAUAAAACCCCUUACCACUUACAGGAGAGGGUCUCUUUUGCCACUAACACGGCAGCUAGCACAUUUCUUAAUUUAAGAUGUUUGAAAACUGAAGUUCUUUAUUUUCCUCACUGGAGCUACUUUUCAUCCAUAAUCUGUUUGGUGUGAUUAGCGUUUAGGUUAAAUAACUUAUGAAUAAAUGUAGCUUUGGAAGGUAA